UUGUUCAAACUUUUCUUCUCCAUGCUUUCUCUCUCAUCGACAAUUAAUGUUUCCUUUUCUAACACGUUGCCUAUCUGAUCCUCACCCUCGAGUUUUGAAACUCGAUUGCUUUUAUCGAUAACCCCUUCCUUUUUUUCGAGUUCCGUCAUACGCCGCCGAUUUGACCUUUCCUCAUCUUGUAAUGAUUGCCAGUUUUCUUCUAUCUUUCCCCUUGUCUCUUCCUCUUCCAUGGAUGUCACCGAUGGCGGGAUGAAUGAGUCCUCUGAAUCUUCAGAAUCAUAACCUUCAUCAGUGUUUGGAUCAUCACAUCUCUCUCCUUCUUCAUUAACUAUGAAACAUGUACAGUUCUCUUCAGUUAUGUAAAUGUGGAACAUUUCAUUGUUGAUGUGAAUCUUUUUUGAUUUAUUGAUGAACUCCAUAACAGGUGUCCUUAUUAACACACGAGCCAUAUCUAAUCUUUCCAUAUUUUCUGUUGCUGAGUCAAGUUUAAUGAGCCUUCCAAAAGAUGAAGCUAAUAUUGAGAAUACUUUCAUCUUCCAAGCAUGGAUUGGUAAUCCAACGAUACGACACCAAAUGUAUCUUGCUCCAGCCACGUCUUUUGUUUCCCAUUUUCUCAAAAUGCUAAACCAUUUGUUAAACAACGACUCUGCAUCCCUCGCAAGCUCCCUGAUGUCUUCAUCCUCGUCUAUUUUAAGGAAUACCUUUUCCCCUCCCAUCGGUAUUACUUUUGCCGAUACGAUACCUUCGUCUACCAUUUUUUGUUGCAGCUCUGGAAUGUCCUCUAUCUUCCUCACACACCCUACAUAACCAUUUUUAGCCCACUGCAUUUCUUCAUUGUUCAUUGUUAUUGAUAUUCCCACACCCUUUUGAGCUUCUCCUUCUUGUUUCUCCUUGUUUUCCUUUAAUCUCCGUUCUAUGUUUCCUCCUACGUGCUCGCUGCCUCGUUUGUUUCUGAUUGCGUCCGCAUAAGUUUUUCCUUCUCUCCUUGUACCACGUAUGCUUGCCGGUCUUUGAAAUACCACCUGUUUCCCAGCACCUUGUUCUGCGACUCUUCCCAUCCUUACAUCUCCUGGAUGGUUGUUAGGUCUGCUGCCUUCAAUUAAUUUUCUCCCUUCUCGCCUAGCAUAUCUCGAUAUGUUGAUCCUGGUUUUAUAUGAACCAAACCAAACAUCUCUGAGUUGGUUCUCUAGCCAUUCGUUGCUUUUCACUCCUUCGUAUCCGACGAAGCCGAAGAAUCUUCCCAUUCUAUUCGUUUUCCUUGCUACGUAAGUGUCCACUACUCUCCCCCACUUUGAAAAUGCUCUCUCCAUCUCUACUGGUGAAAUGUCUCUUGGAAGGUUGUUCACAUAGCAUGUGAUGACGUCUUCUUUGCUCUCUAUUUCUCUAUCUGUCUUGACGCUAACCUGUUCCCUAUAUCUCCUUUUUCUCGGACUCACUAUUGUCCAUUUUUCACUCUCUGUCUCUCUCAUUUUUUGCUUCCUUGAAGCUUGUGUUGAAUGAAAAUGGUGACAAAGUCUUGUUUGCAGAAACUGGUAAGGACUUUGUAGACAUUCUUUGCAGCUUUUUAACUAUGCCUUUAGGAACUAUUGCUAGACUUGUAGAGAAGCAAUCCAGCAUAGGGCCAGUUACUGUUGGUUGUCUCAACUCACUCUAUCAUAGUGUUGCAAAUCUUGAUGUUAGUUGUUUCAGUAAUGACACAAUCAAACAAAUGCUUUUGCAACCAAUUAACUCUGCGGAAGAUUAUUGCAACACUCUUAAACUCAGCAUUGAUGACACUCCACCCACCAGAUACAUGCUAUGUUUUAAUAGGAAAUGCAACAAUUCUCGUGAUAUGCCACUAUCAACAUACAAAGAUAACAAUAACUGUCCAUGUGGAAGUUCUCCUACCCUUCAACUUUUCCUCAAACUUUUCGGCCCCCGCCAAGGAUUUGUUAAAGGUGUUGCUACUUUUGUUAUAACUGAUGAUCUGAUUGUCAUGCCUAAAGGUAUUGACAAUGCUAGCUUUGGCCUGUUCAAGGAAUUUGGAAUAACAAACCCUAGUUCUAUGAAGGAAAUGGUUCUGAAUGUCACUAAACAACAGGUACUUGAUUUGCUAAAAUGUUCUUUGCUCUCCAACUCUACUUUGACGGAUUUGUUUUUAGUGAAAAAACCAUCGAUUGGAGAUUCCGGUUUCUUGUCGUCUGAUGUUGAAAUCAGUGGUGAUCUCCAAAUCACUUUGAAACUAUUUGUAAGAAAAUCAGAUGGAAAGAUUUUAUGUGCUGAAGGGGAACAAGGUUUUGUUAAUUUACUUUUAAGCUUUCUUACUUUUCCUUUGGGAGGAAUCGCACGUAUAUUUGGUGAGAAUUUUUCCUUAGGAAGUAUUAAUCAAUUGUACAAGAGCAUGUCCGAACUAAAUGAUAAAGAUUACUUCAUAUCAGAAGAAGCUAAGAAGAGGCUUGUUGAUCCUUGCAUUUUGCCAUAUUUAGAAAUAAGCAAACCAGUAUUGCCAAUUUGUGAGUCUGGAAUUCUUGAUUAUUAUUGUCAUUAUGGUGUAAGUGUUAUUCGAUUUCAAUAUUCCAAAGACAUUGAAGGUAAAAGUUAUGUGGAUAAUUUGUUGCAAACGAAUUUAUCUAAAAUGGUAUGUCCUGAAGGUUAUCUGAAGGGUCUGGCUAUGUAUGUUGCUACCGAUGAUUUGGUCAUAUCACCAUUGUCUCCAAUAUCUGUAUUAGGUUUGCACGAACGAUUCGAAACUCCCCUCGAUGAUUUGAAAGAGAAGAUUGUAACCAUUGGUGUCAAGGAGUGUCUAGGCAUACUGAAAGCUUCCUUGACAUCAUCAUCUGCCCUUACAAAUGGCCUGGCUCAUCUUGUAACCGACCUCAAGGAGAAAUGAGAACUUAUAUUUUGUUGUGUUUGAAGGUUUUGAGAGGAAAGUUUGUAAUGGACAAGGAUGUAUGGUUUUUUAUUUUGGUUUUAGCAUUAUUGUUUUAAGAUCUUUAAUGCAUACUUUCUCAUUUUCAUGUUAUUUCUAUUUUUCCAAUGUGCACAAUUUUUCAUAUUCCCAGUCGUUGCUUUUGUUGACAGUACAAGAAAAUAUUCUCUCUUUAUCUUGCUCUUUAAUCUUAUGUAAAUUAAAAAUUAAAAUACAUGCCUUGAUACUGUUUUAUUAUUAAAUUUUUUAUUCAUCUUUGUUGGAUUUUGAGUUAGUAGUGAUAGUUUAGAAUGUUAGAUAGUGUAAAGAGUUUUGGUUGAUAGUUGAUUAAAGAUAGUAGCAAGUAGUGUGUGAGCUAGUAUUGGAGCAUGACAACACAUAAGUAAUCAAUUUGUUGUAGGAGGAGAGUAAUAGUAGAAUGAAGAGGAUCGGUCUGUUAGGCUAUAGUUGGAUACUGUAAAGAGCUUUGGUUGAUAGUUAAAAGAUAGUAGCAAGUAGUGUGUGAGCUAGUAUCGGAGCAUGGUAAUACAUAAGUAAUCAAUUUAUUAUAG